GCCUGGGAUCACUUUAAAUUAAAGGCAAACCACCCGCAGCUGGAAAUGCAGCGGGUUUCUUUCUUAGGCUAAACCUGGGUUUCAUUGGUAAUUCCUUCAAGCAUUAGUAUUACGUUUAAUGAUUAUCUUACUGCCGUCUGUGCUUAAUGUUCAAACAGAGAAACCAUCCGGCAUAUUGAAUUAGCUCUAUUGCCAUUUACGUUCCCACGUUUUUCACAAAGGGAUCCUCCUUUCCAGACGACAAACGGCGAGCAGCCGGCGGGCAGCGACCACAGCCGCGUGCACACGUGCGGCCGGGCUGCCCGCAGGGCCUCUGCCUUCUGCCGCCUUCCGCCGCCUCCCGCGCCGCCGCUCGGCCCACAGCGCGGAGCCGCCCCACGCGGCGCGGCCGUUCGGCGCGAGGACGGCGGCUCGGCUCCGCUCCGCUCUGCUCCGCUCAGCUCUGCGCACGCGCAGCCGUCGCCUCGGUUUCCUGGCGCUGGCGCCGUCCGUGCCGCGCUCCGUUUGAUUCCUGUAUCGUAAAGCUGCGGUCGCUGAUUUGUGGGUGAAAAAAAGUGUGGAUUUGUGUGAGCACAGCGGUUCUCGCUGUCCCGGAGCCUUCCUGUGAGCGUUGCCUGGCGGAACGGCCUCGUUUCCGUGGCUGUGGUGGCAGGUUAGGCUGCGUUGAGCCCCGCAGGAGCGGAGCGGUGGCUGUGCGCGCGGCUAAGGCGGCUUGGCCUUCACGCGUCACUGAAUCCGGGCCCGAAAAUCCUCCCGGGUAGACGGGCAGCUUUGUGUAGCAAAAAGAAACCUGCCGAGUGCUUUGGAGGCUGAGCCCGGGUCUGAGCGCCGCAGAGCGGAGCUCCGAGGACUCGCCGUGAUCACGGUGAAUGCGGUGAGGGAAGGCGAGGUGCUGUGGGCUGUUUGGUUUUUGCAUUGCAUAGAGAGGGAGAGCUGUGCGUAAGAAGGCAGUACUCAGAAGGAAAGUAGAGGUUCGGACAUCUCAGUUAUGGCAAAGGAUAAGAAGAGAGAUGGCAAGAAGUCAGAGAAGUCUGUCCCUCCCGUCCCUGCACACAGUGCUGCAGCUGAGAGCAGUCCCACAAAGCUGACAGCUCUGCACGCCUCAGCCGACGGAGCGGAAGAAGGGCAAGCAAGUGCAGCAGUGUUGGAUAAAGGACCAGAGAAAGCAGUGGAAGCUCCCAUCCAAGAUGUUCCUCCGUACUACGAGGAGCCCAUUCUUGCUCAACUCGUUGUGAAAAGCUAUGAAGGUGACAAAGUUCGUAGGUUGUAUGAGGGUGAAGGUGUUGCGUUUUUUGAGGGAGGAAAUAUUUAUAAGGGCAUGUUUUCUGAAGGGCUUAUGCACGGACAAGGGACUUACACGUGGGCUGAUGGAGUGAAGUAUGAGGGAACGUUCGUUAAGAAUGUGCAGAUGGUUAAUGGAUGCUAUAUGUGGAACGAUGGCAGUAUUUAUGAAGGCUCAAUCAAAAAUGGACUCAGGCAUGGAUUUGGCUUUUUCAGGAGCGGUAUCCAUCCAGUUUCUUACGUUGGUUACUGGUAUAAAGGCAAAAGGCAUGGAAAGGGCACCAUUUAUUAUGACCAGGAACAUGUGUCUUGGUACUCAGGUGACUGGGUAGAUAACGUCAAAGAAGGAUGGGGAAUAAGAUGCUAUAAGUCUGGAAAUGUCUAUGAAGGUCACUGGGAGAAAAAUGCACGCCAUGGAAGGGGAAGAAUGAGGUGGCUGACAGCUGGUCAGGAGUACAUUGGGCAGUGGGUGCAUGGAGUACAGCAUGGAUAUGGCACCCACAUCUGGUUUCUGAAGAGAAUGCCUGCAUCUCAGUAUCCGCAGAGUAAUAAAUACGUGGGUGAGUUUGUGAACGGGCAGCGCCACGGCCGAGGGAAGUUCAUCUAUGCCAGCGGAGCGGUGUACGAGGGCCAGUGGGUUCAUAACAAGAAGCAUGGCAAGGGCAAGUUUGUCUUCAAGAAUGGAAAUAUUUAUGAAGGAGAGUUUAGAGAUGAUAAGAUGGUAGAAUAUCCUGCUUUUCAGCUGGAUGCAGAGAGUGCUCCAAAGCUGGAUGCCGUUUGCUGGGGAAGUUGUUCUGGCUCUGAGGCCAUCAGAAUCAUUAACAACUCAGAAAAUCCUUCUGCUCUGGGAUCAGAUAUUGAAUUAGAUAUAUCUUCACUGCUCAACUUGUUGCCAGGGGAAGAGAGACAAGAAGAAGUGAAACAAGUAGAAUUUGCUGUGUUGAGACAUAUUACAAAACUGAGAAGAGUUUACACCUUUUACAGCAGCUUAGGCUGCGAUGAUUCUCCUGACAACACCUUCCUUAUGACCAGGCUCCAGUUUUGGAGAUUUCUGAAGGACUGCUGCUUUCAUCACUCCAGUCUAACUCUUGCUGAAAUGGACCGGAUACUGAGUGGUGAUAAAACACCACUUGAGGAGAUACAUUCUCCAUAUGAGACUUUACUGUUUAGAACGUUUUUAUCUCACCUUAUUCAUCUGUCAUUUCAUAUGUAUCAUGAGGAGCACAAAGGUAAAAGUCCUUACCUGCAUAAGUGUUUCAUUGAAAUGAUGUCCAGGAAUGUUAAUCCCACUGCGUGCCAUAUUCAGGGUCUCUUAUUUUCUGAACAGCGUCGUGCUGUUUUUGCCAUGAGGUACAUUGACAAAUGCUGGGAAAUACACAGAGCUUUUUGUCAUCAGAACACCAGACCUCCGUUUGAACCCACAAUGAAGAUGAGGCAGUUCCUCUGGAUGCUGAAUGAUUUCAAACUCCUUGGCAAGCAAUUAACUGCUUCAAGACUUGUGGAAAUACUUUUCAAAGAGGGUCCCUCCCUACAUGACAGCAGCAGUAGCAACCUGGAGCAGGAGCUGGUCUUUCUUGAAUUUGUUGAAGCUCUUCUUCAUUGUGCCUUGGUGCAUGUUACCAGUGGUGUGAUUAAGGAGCAGGUAGAUGAUCAGAAAAGUAACUUCAGAACGGAGGGUUUCUCCGAAGGAGCCACAAAUGAGACUUGCUACACGCAGUUUUCUCUCUCGCAGGUGCUGAGACCUUGUGAAGACAGAGGGCACAGUCGUCAAGAAUUUUUGAUGGAUGAACUAGAAGCCCAAACUGGAAAAGAUAAGGACUUUGAUUGGUGGAUGUAUCAAGUGCAAAUCUUUUUUACAAACAAAUUGUUUCCAGCCUACCAGCAUGAAAAAGUGUUGAAGGCAAAAAUAAAAGAAAAUCGAAUACGGAGUGCUGAGUUAGCUGAGCUGAGGAGGAGGAAGGAUGAGGAGAUAGCAAAACUUAUUGCUGAAAGAGAAGCAGAAGAUGCAAAAAAGCAGAAAGGAGCUGCAGAAGAAGAAAUGUCAUUGGAGUGCAAGAGUACAGUGUUUAAGGAGUUAGAAGAGCCUGGUGCACAGUCAGCACCCCCUCCAAAGGAAGAGGCUUCUGCUGUACCAGCCCCAGCUGUUACCAAGGUGCCCACAGGAACCAAGAGGAGGAGGAAGUGAAUCUUCUGAUAAGAUCCACUAGACUGACAAGAAUGUAAGUGUUCUUUGAAGAGAAAAAUACAAACCAAAACCCACACCAAAUAACGCUUCCACUGGCAUCUGAAUCACAAGUGCUAUAAAAGUGAGAUUUGCUGUUCUGCUGAAACUUCAAGGCUAGCUGUCCUUAAACAAAGAGCCUUGGGAAAAGGAAUGUGUGGGCAGUUAAAUAAAGUGUAACCCUCUGCAGAAAUAAACAAAGUUAUUCCUGCAGUCAAUGUUAGCUAAUUAGUUAAAACUUGUAUCAGUGUUAAGGUGAUACAGAACUUAUGUUCCCUAUCGAUGGUAUUGCUGAAGUAAAUGGCUUCAUGUUAAAUUAGUUUUACAUACAUGAAGUAAGUCAAGUAAGUAUUUUUUGUGGUCCGGUCUGAUUGUGUUUGGGGAAUACUUGCAGGUAGGAAUUUGACAACAAAAGAGCUAAAAUUGAAGCAGGACUUGUUAAGAACAGGUCAGGUCAGCCUAGGGCUGGAGCAAGAGAGUUACAAAGACUCAGAGGUGUUUGUAAGCUGUCUGAUUUCACAGCGCAGCGUAAUGUC